GGCAGCCAUUUUGCGGUAACGUCCUGAUGGUACUGAUGGACACCCCGGACAUGCGCGGGUCGCAGAGGCGUUCUCGACGAUCAAAGAGCAAUCAUCGAUGUUGCUACAAUUCGAGGUAUCGUAAUGACGUGACGAGACAUGUGUCGGAUUCGACUUCUUCCGAUUCCUCGCUCUCGAGUUCGGGUGGUAAGCGAAAGCAGUCAUCCUCUUCUGAGAAAACAUCCUCCGGUUAUGGUUGUUCGGACCCUAAAUACCCACGUACCCAGUAUGACUAUAAAAGGCGAAGACGUAGUUCCCAUGUAUCACAUCCUAAGUCGGGCCACGCGGCGGGCACGUGUAAAGUCGUUCGCAUAUCCGGCGAUCAGGCCCAUGCGCGGGACUACCGCAGCCACAGUUCAAGCCGUUCAUGCCGGUCUGACGCUAAUCGUAGUCGUGACAAUGUACCCUCCAACGUCAAUCUCACCCAGUUGGUAAUUCGCCAUCGUAACCGAGCUGGGGAGCAUUCGCGCGGACGUUCGCCACAGGGUCCGUUGCAUAAUGGGCAGCGCACAUCCCCCCAUAGACGAACCACGAGGUAUGAUGUCGGUGGGCUGAAGCGAGAAAGAAAGGCACAGAAACGGCGGGAUGAAAGAGCACAAAGGAAGCUCAGCCAUGAGGGCCACAAGCGCAAGCCGUCGCCCGUCGUCACCGUCGGCGAUGUGAUCAAGAGGAGAUACCGUGUCGAGAAGAUAAUAGGAGAGGGUAGCUAUGGGCAAGUUUUUGAAUGUUUUGACAUGUGCACUAACUCACUGGCAGCGGUUAAGGCGCUGAAGCCUCAGGAUGAUUACAAGGAUGCGGCGAAGCAUGAACUGCAGGUUAUUGAGAGUAUAUCCCGAUCAGAUUCUAGGAAUCGGUCCCAUUGUAUUACAUCUCUUGAUUUUUUUGACUGGCAUAAUCACUUUUUCCUCGUAUUCCCGUUACUCGGGCCGAGUGUGUUUUCUUUUCUGGAGCAAAACAACUACGAACCAUAUCCUGUCGAACACUCGGCCUCCAUUCUUCGUCAGUUGUGUGAGGCUGUGCAUUUUUUACAUAACAUAGGCAUUACGCAUACCGACCUUAAACCUGAGAACAUCCUUUUCGUUGACGGUUCGUAUGACGAAGUGUACAGCAGUCAACGGAAUCGAAAAGUGCGUCGUAUACGAAAUGCAUCUGUCCGGCUAAUAGACUUUGGCUCCGCAACCUUCGAUGGUGACCAUCACUCUACCACAAUUCAGACACGCCAUUAUCGCGCUCCAGAAGUGGUAAUGGAUCUCGGUUGGGAUGUGUCAGCUGAUAUUUGGUCCAUUGGUUGUAUCUUGUUCGAACUCGUCACGGGCCAAUGCCUCUUUAUGACGCAUGACAAUCUGGAGCAUUUGGCUAUGAUGGAACGAGUCCUUGGUCCCAUACCGAGGUCGAUGAUCAAGGCCUCCCGACGUCGGCGUUACUUCCGGCAUGGUCGUCUUGACUGGCCCGAUGACUCAUCCGAUGCUCGUCAUGUGCGCAAAAUGCUAAAACCGUUAGGCGAGUACUGGUUCUCUCAUUCAGACAUGUAUACCCGUUUGGCAUUUGAUCUGGUUCGAGAGAUGCUUGUGUAUAUCCCCUCCUCGCGAAUCACGUGCAGUCGAGCACUAGAGCACCCUUUUAUGCUAUCAUUUGAUGACUAAUCUGUAAAUACUGUAUAGAUU